UAGAUGUCAUAUUUUCGAGUGCAACUUCUUGCUAUUGAGAGUCUGUAACCACCAUAUGGUAAACCGAUGAUCGCCUUGGAGGCGCAAAUUUCGUCCAUAGGCAUAGCGGCAUCAGUGCAACGGAUUAUAUUAUGGAACGUCUUGUACUAUUGUUAUUGUUUAAAUGGGCGUGGUCAUGACGAUACAUCCCGCAACCCUUAUUGCAUAGUAUAAUUGUGCGCUAUCCUACUACGUCUUUCUGAAGUUUCCAGUCAGCAACACGCAUUCGUUUUGGAUGUUCGACCGUGCAAUGCGGCACUACCGGUCGAUACUACUAAUAAUUUAUUUAAUUUGCAUCCUAGUUAUCUUCAUUAUUAUCCCUAUGUUGAAACCUAACAAUCACUUUGAUGGGUUACAACGAAAGCUACCUAGGCAAUCUAGCUCUUGGAAUAUUGACUUGCCUGUACUAAUCCAGCCAGCCGUACUAAAGUUAAAUAGCAUUAUUCUCAUGUGUGUCACCUCAGCCCCGCAUAAUCUGAAUAGGCGUCAAGCAAUCCGCGAAACAUGGGGCACCACAUCGAGUAUUCAGGUCGUUUUCCUAUUAGGCGUUUCUGCAAAUCAUAACGCCCGCGAACUUCAAUAUGACAUCAAUUUCGAAGCCCAAGCAUACGGUGAUGUACUGCAAAAUAAUUUCGUCGAUAACUAUCGAAACUUAACAUUGAAAUCUAUCGCUCUAGUUCAAUGGGCCAAAAAGUCCCGUUGGCCUGCCCGUAGAGUCGUCGUUAAGACAGAUGAUGACGUGUUCAUUCAUACGCCUCGUCUUCUAUCAUACCUGGAUCACUUUACAGACGGCAAUUUGUACGGCCGCCAAUUAACAAACGCAAAACCGUUACGAUGUAGAAAGGCGGUAUGUAAUCACACUGAAGUGACGAAAGAUGAGUACUUCCCGGACACAUACCCACCCUAUCUACAAGGGCUUUUCUACAUAUUUUCAGAAACUGCGCUUAAUCGAAUACAUGAACAUAUGUUUGAUCCGGCUUUUCUAUUCAUUGAGGAUCUGUAUAUAACAGGAUUGGUCGCUGGACGAGCUGGGGUUGAACGUUGCGCGAUGCCAAAAGAGAAUGUUAUCAAUAGCGAAAAACCGGACCAUAGAACUUUAUAUAGGUUGAAGAAAGAUCUCCUUGUUCAACAUCACUGCGAUCCAACAAAACUCAGACAGUACUGGAAGCACAUCCAUUCAUAGGUGCCAAGCAAAGCUGCAUUUAACUAUAUUAUCACGUUCAUACGAGAACAUAUGGUACGCUUGUCGCUUUUAAC